AACGUAACGCUGACGACCAACCGGCCAAACAAGUGGACCAGAGACAACAUUCGCGAUUUUAUUUGUAUCUCUGGUCAGUUGGACGAGAAAUAGCGUGCUGAGCGGUCGCAAAACGCGCACGAGUAUUAACAGAAGCCGAAGAAAAAAUAAGACAUAAACAACAAAGUUUUUUUGACCGAAAAGAUCUAGAUAAAAAUAUACUAUAUUAACGGACACAAACAAACAAAGGAAUUCUUUAAGCAUUUGACGCCAAAAGAUCACACUGCAGUUCAUAAUUUAUAAUUGCCCCAAGCCGUUUAAUUGUAUUAAAUUAAUUGUAAAAUGAGUGAGCUACAGCAUAUAACGCUGGAAAUGGAUAAGCUGCCGAAUGAAGACGAUAAAACUUUGACGAGAAAUCAAGAAAAUAUCAACAAUCACAGCAACGGCGAUGCAAUCGACGGACUGACACGUAAUAAUGUUCGAGUUCCCAGAGCAGUGCCCGAAACGGAUGACGAUGACAACGACGAUCGUCCCUUUGUUGAAGAUGGGAGUGGCAAUCCCGGCGUGGACGAUGGUCUUCUGGGCGGCGGAGGAGGCAAAGGCGGAGGUGGUGGAGUCAAUGUGCUCGUACCCAAUGGAGGAAGACGACCCAGUUUCUCCUUUCCGGGCUAUAAUGGACCCGGUUUUGUGAACAUCAACGGAGUGGAGACACCCAUACCCGAUGUGAAUGCCUAUCAGCACAAGAAAACCCUGGCACAGGGAAUGAUGGAUCUGGCAUUACUGUCCGCCAAUGCAAAUCAGUUGCGUUAUGUGCUGGAAACCAACACGCAGCAUCCCUACUUUUAUCCCAGUCUCCUAUUCAUCUCGCUCAGCAUUAUAUUCCAGAUCGCAGUUGGCGUGGGCCUUAUUUGGAAUGGCCGGUAUAACAUCAAGAAUGAGCAAGAGAUCUGCCGGGCGAACAAAAUCAAUAAUUACACAGUCAUCGGAAUUUUUAUUGUUACGGUGGUCAAUGUCCUUAUAUCGGCAUUUGGCGUAGCAGAACGAGCCCCUUUAGCCGUCAAUACAACAUAGUUCAAGGACAUAUUUUAAUUAAAAUGUAGAGUUGUAAGCACAAUCACAUCCUUAGAUUAAACUCACAGCUACACUGGUCAGUUCUUGUUGAGACUCACAAAGCGCCUCAUUUUUAUAUAUUUAAAAAAUCAAUUGUGAUAAAUAAAUAAAAUCCCACGAGCAUUUUACGACUUAUUCGA